AUGUCUCUGGACAUCUGGCCUCCCGUGUCUCCAGAGGAGCUCGCCAUAAAGGUCGCCGAAACCCAGAGGCGCGAGCUGGCCUGGAUCGUCGAAAGGACACUCGAGAUAUGCGAGGAGCUCAAGCAUGGGCUGGAAGACUGCUACGCCCUGCUGGCGCCGGUCGAUCCCGGGAGCACGCUGGUGAUGAGCACGCCGCGCAACGAGCGAGUUAAGGGCACCAUCACGCGGGUCGGGACGCGCAUCGUCAAAGGGUCAUACUUUGCGACAACAUAUAAAAAGACUCUCGGCCUCCAAUUCAAAACAAUUCCGCCCCAAGCACUCACCCUCUCGCACUCCGUCCCCAUCCACAUCCACGCCCUCGACACCGUCCACACCCACCUCAACGAAUCAAUCGACCUCCUCGGCCUCCUCCUCGCCAACAGCAAGCCGCCCACCCCCGGCGGCAUCGAAGCCCCCACCGUCAACAGCACCGCGCAAUCCCUCUCCUCGGGCCUGCGCCUCCUCGCCGACUCCAUCUCCUCCUCCAUCGCUCUCCUCAAGGGCCCGCCCAUCAACGAGCCCGACACGAGAUGGACCACGCAGUCGUGCCCGCCGGGACACUUUUCGCCGCCCCUCAUACCCAACUUUAGCCUCUACAUCACCCUCCAGGAGUGCAGCAUCGUGCUCGUCCUGCGCGCCCUCGAGCCCGUCGACGCGCCCGUCCAUUUCGGCACCAAGCUCGGUCUCGCUAUCGGCACGUACCGGCGCCUCGAGCACGACGAGGCAGACAUCGUCUUCAAGUGGAAGCCCGGCGGGGACGAACUUUCCGACACCAAGCGCGUGUCCGCGAACCACACUGUUGAGCCGCCGGCGGCGUCGAGGAAGCUCUCGGAUAGCCAGCUGGAGGAGGUGUACGUGCGGGAAAAGGUGCGGGUGGAAAGCGCAGACCCGAGCCUCAUCUCGCUGUAUUCGAAGCUGGGGUAUCUCAGCAUCAUGCUGGAGCAGGCGCGGUGCAAUUUGGAUGCCGUGAUGAGUGUGCAGUUGAAGACGUACACGGAGGAGUCAUGA